AUGUCUGUAUUGGCAAACACUUUCCAGAUUCAGCAAGAGUAUUACAGGCCUGGAGAUCUCAUUAUUGGUGGGAAUUUGCUCCUGACACACAUUCGUUAUUCCGACGACCCAGACUUUAGAAGAGAUCCAUCCAAGGUUCCUUAUAGACUCAUGCCCAUACCCAAGAACUAUCAGCAGUUCCUGACCUUGAAAUUUGCAGUCACAGAGGUCAACAAGGAUCUGGUUCUCCUUCCCAACAUCACCCUUGGCUUCCAUGUCUAUGACAAUCACCAGACUGAGAGGAAUAGUUCUUUAAUCAGCCUCUCCCUGCUCUCCACACGAGGUCAAAUGGUUCCAGGCUAUAAAUGUAACAGACAGGAGUCUCUGCUGUCUGUCAUCGGAAGUGGCAACUCAAAAUCCUCAAUGCAGAUGGCCUCCAUCUUCAGCAUCUUCAAGGUCCCACAGCUUAGUGUCGGCUCUGAGUUCCCUCAUGGAGACGGAAUGGAUUAUCCUUCCUUCUUCUGGAUUAAUCCCAAGAAAUUCCCUCAGUUUGUGGGUUUAGUCCAGCUGCUCCUGUAUUUCCAGUGGAACUGGGUUGGGCUGGUGGCCUCUAAAGAUGACACUGGAGAACAUUUCAUCUCAACUCUGAUUCCAACGCUGGAGGAGAAGGAGAUCUGCCUGGCCUUCCCAGAAAUAUUUAAUUCUGACAUUCCUGCUAUUAAUGUAUUAGGAAUGGAUCUUGUUUUCAAGAUUUUGCUUGAAGUUGAAGUGAUUAUUCUGUUUGGAGACUCCAGUACUAUAUCAUUGGUAGUGUUCACUCUGCUUCGGUCUGGACGAUCAGUAUCAUUUCAGAAAGUUUGGAUCAUACCUUCCCAUUGGGAUCUUAGUGUGGUGGGAUCUCACGAUGUAUUGCAAUUUCGAAAAUACUUCCAUGGGGCUUUGCAUUUUAGGAACCACAACAGAGAUGUGCCAGAAUUCAGCCUAUUUCUCCUAUCUUUAGACCCUCUGAACUCAAAAGGAGAUGACUUCCUCCCGCUAUGGUGGGAAAAAAUCUUUAAAUGCAAAAUCCACAAAUCAGGAGGGAUCCCUCCAAAGGGGGCCAGACAAUGUACAGGAACGGAGAAUUUGCAGGCUGUACCAUCUUAUGUAUUUGAAACAAGCAUGACGGGUGAAAGUUACAUUAUCUAUAAUGCCAUUUAUGCUGUGGCACACGCCUUACAUGCCAUGUUUGGAUCAGUAACCCGACCAUCCAUGAUGAGGCUUGGAAAGAGGAUCUCAAAUGUCCAGCCAUGGCAGAUGCUUCUCUAUUUGAAGAAUGUCCACUUCAACAAUGGUGCUGGAGAGGAAGUCUCCUUCUCAGAAAAUGGACUGGGAUCUGCUCGUUAUGAUCUUCUCAACUGGGUUUUCCUCCCCAAUCAAUCUUUUAUCCCAGUGAAAGUUGGGCAGAUAAAUUCAGGGGCUCCUCCAGGCCAGGAUUUCACCAUUAACUCUAAUGCAAUCAUCUGGGUCACAAAGAAGGUGCCCUUUGCCAGGUGUGGCCUGAAAAGGUGCCAUGCAGGAGAGAGGAGACGUGUCCCAGAGGGCAAGCAAGUUUGCUGCUACCAAUGUGAUCCUUGUCCAGAAGGGACCAUUUCUAAUCAUACAGAUGCAGUUCGCUGUGACCUGUGUCCAGAAGACCAAUUCCCUAACAAGGACAAGGACCACUGUAUUGCCAAGAAGAUCCACUUUCUUUCCUAUCACGACACCCUGGGAUACGCUUUAGUUUUUCUUACUCUUUUUCUCUGUGUGAUCACAUCUGGAGUCCUGGUAAUUUUCCUUAAGCAUCGUGACACACCGAUCGUCAAGGCCAACAACCAAGAUCUCACCUACAUCCUCCUGGUCUCCCUCCUGCUCUGCUUCCUUUGCUCCUUCCUCUUCAUUGGUCAACCUAGGAAACUCACCUGUCUCUUCCGACAAACUGCCUUUGCUGUUCUCUUUUCCCUUGCAGUUUCUUCUGUCUUGGCAAAAACUGUCAUGGUGGUUCUGGCCUUCAUGGCCACAAAGCCAGGGAACAGGACAAGGAAACUCUUAGGAAAACCACUGACCAACUCCAUUGUUAUUGCCUGUCCCCUGGUCCAAGCUGUUCUUUGUGCCACCUGGCUUCUAACCUCUCCCCCAUUUCCUAACAUGGACUUCCACUCCUUGAUAGGAGAGAUCAUCUUGGAAUGUAAUGAAGGUUCAGCUUCAAAGUUUUACACUGUCCUCACCUACCUGGGUUUCCUGGCCCUCAUCAGUUUCAUGGUAGCCUUUCUGGCUAGGAAAUUGCCCAACAGCUUUAAUGAAGCCAAGUUCAUUACUUUUAGCAUGCUGAUCUUUUGCAGCGUUUGGAUCACCUUCCUCCCCACCUAUCUGAGCACCAAAGGGAAAUUCAUGGUGGCUGUGGAGAUCUUCUCCAUCUUGGCCUCUGGAGCUGGUCUCUUGGCUUGUAUUUUCUUCCCCAAAUGCUUCAUUAUUCUACUGAGGCCCGAUCUGAAUCAUAGAGAAAAUAUAAUGAGGCAGAAGAAUCUCUAA